CUUUGUUUACUUUCUGUCUGGUUGUCAACAAAUCUUAAAGUGAAGUAGACCGGGCGCCAAAAAACUAAUAAAAUUUUAAUUGCGUUAAUAAUUGUAUCGUUUCCUUCUUCAGUUCGUUCUGAGGAAAUCUAUUUCUAAGAAAUGCACUUUGCUUUUGUUUUAUAUCCACAUAUAUUAUAAAAGAAUAUGACGGAUAUCAAACCUAUAUUAUAUGUUGCUUUAUACGAUUUGUCUUCUGGACAUCAACAUGUGUUGCUUUUCAAAAAAGACGAUCGUUUUAUACCCGUAUCUGAUUCUUCAAACAAUCCUAAUUGGGCUCUUUGUGUUGAUAUGAGAGGAAAACUCGGUUAUGUACCUCAUACAUACAUAAACAAAGUUGAAAUAAAUCCUGAUGAGUAUAUUUUUCUGGUUGAGGAUGCAUUAGAAAAAAUUCAUGCUGAGUCUCCAAAUAGUAUUUCAAAAAGGACCAGAGAGGCUAUGAAGUACCUUUCUGACCAAAGAACUAUUUUCUUAAAAAAUCAAAAAAUUUGCAAUGAGUAUGAAGAUAUUUGUAGCAACAAAGUAUUGAACAAUCAUGAAACAUCCCACUCUGAAGACUCUCCAAGGCAUGCAUUUCAACUAUCUUCUUCUAGUCAUAUUCCAGUUAGUGAAAGUAACUCAUCACUUCCAAAUGAUGUGCAAAAUAAUGUGGCAUCAAUAGCUAUUCACAGUGAAACUAAAAAUCAUGCUGAACUAAGCACUCAAACAGAUUGUAUUACUGACUAUACAGUGCCAACAUGGUUAGUGCCAAGCUUAAUUGAAAGUGUUAGACAUAAAACACAAAUAAGUCAUGAAAAUUCUAUUGCUGCAGUUGGAGUCAUGUUAGACAUUUUCAAAGAAGCUAUUCCAAUGCUUGAUCAGUUGUGGCUGCAAUUGAAGGGAAAUUUGAAAUCUGAAGUUUUGCAAGAAGACACAAAAACUGAAGUGUACAGUGAAGAUAAAAGGACACUGCUUGAUAUCUUCAGGCAGCUCUGGUACUGUAAAAAUGAUGAGCAGCAAAGAAGUUGGCCUGUUCAUGAAGAUGAAGAUCAUAUUAGUAAACUGCUGGUGGAUCUGAACAAUAUACUUGUUGAUGCGAACCCUAGAGUGACUCGAGAAAUAGUUCAAUGUGACGAAUAUGAAAUGGUUUUGCUGUUAGUUACCUAUUAUCAAAUGGAACCUAGAAGAACACUAAGAAUUAAAAUGCUUCAUGUAUUCAUGACCCUUUGUGAAUUGGACUUGAGGGUUGUGACACAUCUAUUGAAUUCAGUAAUAACAAUGGAACUUGCCAGAGAUAUUCAAGAUAAUUUUGAAGAUAGAGAAAAGGUAUUAUAUUCAACAUGCUUAUUAGCUGCAAUUUUUAGUACUGGUGAACAACCUCCUACAGGAACAUAUGAUUUCAUCAAUAAAAAGUUUCUUCACUUUUUAUUUGAAAAAUUAGAAGAAGUAGUAAAAGACGGGGAAGAAGAUGUGGGUGAUAGCUUACUUAGUAUUAUUUUAUCAUUUAAUCUUCAUUUUAAAAAUCCUGAUGAAAAUAUAGUCAUGGGAGCCUUGAAAGAAAGAAAUUUUGCUCAAUAUUUGACUGAAAGAUUAGUAUUUUUGCUCAAUAGAGAAGAAGAUCCAUCAAAAAUUUUAAGUCACUCAAUGGAAACACCUAACUCAGUUAUGAAAUUUAUGGUGGAUUUGUUUCAUUUCUCCAAUCUAAUUGAUCUGUUUUAUCUAAAUGAUGUGAAAGUCUUGCUGGAUAUUGUUGUUAGACAACUUACAGAUUUGCUUCCUGGGGAAAAAAGACGUCUUGAAUAUUUAUGCCUUGUUAGAAAUCUUUUGAAAAAUUCUAAUUAUGAUGAACACAUGCAUCAAGUAGAAGGCUUAAAUAAGUGUUUCAAAUUUAUACUAGAUCAGGAAUUCCCUGAGGAAUCAGAAGUUGCAAUUGUUACUGACAUAAAGAAUCAAUUUCCAUCUUGGUUUUAAAUUGUAUGUUACAUUUUUUCAAAUUAUAGAUUCAACAUAUCAUACUUAAAAAUAUCUAUGCAUAUUAUAAUGUUACAAAGUAUUUAUGUUCUAUUCACAAUUGUUUAAAUUUUAUAUUUUAUAUAUCAAAUUUCUUUAGUAUUUUAAACUAUUGCUUUUAUUGUUUGUUUUUUUUAUACAUAUAUUUAGCAAUUAAAUAAAGCAUAUUCCUUAAACUCAUGCACUGAGAAAUGAACGUAUGGAAUUUUUUUCAUUUUUCUCAUAAAAUAUAUUGAUACUUUACUUUGAUUAAUUUAUACUUUACUUUGGCUAGAUGGUAGAAUUUGGUGCCGCUUGGAUUGAGCACUGAACUUUGGAACUUUUACUGUAUAUAAAAACUUCCAUUUUCCAAUAAUUCUAAUUAUUAGGCAAUCUCACUUUUUAAUCAAAUUCCUUGUAUUCUGUAAGAACAUAAAAAAAAAUCACCAAGAUAACAGAGGCAGAGGCACCCAAUUGUAAAUUUUUACCAAAUACAAACAAUACAAAGCAUUUCAAGCUUCUCAAACUAAACAAAAAUUCUGAUUUUAAAAUUAUAUUUUUUUUUUUUAUAAAAUAUAUUUCAUAUUUAGUUCUUGCAUGAGAAACUGAUCUGGUUAUUUAAAUCUAUUUUUUUUUAUUCAUUCUAUUUUUUCAGCUUUUUUUAUUAGUUAUUUCAAGCAGUUUUAAAAAAUCAACUGCUGUUGGUUGUACCUAGACAACAGGAUAGUUAAUUGUUAAAAAAAAUUCAUAUGUUUUUCAUGAGUCAACUUAUAAGUUCUCACAAAAUUUAUAAUUAAAUAUUAAUAAAUAACCUAUAUGUUUACAAUUGUUAUGGUGUCUCUUUAUUUCAUGUUACAUACUUUGAAUGGCAACUUUUUAAUGACUCCCCCAUAGUUUUCUGAUUUGUGUAUAAUGGUGUUCAUUAAUGUCUGAUUUUACAAAAUUUAAUUUAUAUCGCAAUUUCUAUUUUUUAACUCUCAUUCAGUGACAACAAUAUUUUUUUAAGCAAGUAUGUAAAUAAAGUUUAAGGAUAUGCUUUAUUUUUUAAAACAUAUAUAAUUAUGUCUUCAGUAUUUAUGAUUUUGUAUUAUCAUUAUAUAUUUUUUUAUUUGCUAACAUUAUAAUGUUUAUGUAUAUUGGAUAGAAAAUUUUUAUGUAAUGUAAAAUGUCUAUAUUCUUAGUGCCAAAGAAAAAGUAAAUUCUAAUCUCUGUAUACUUUUCUGAAUGUAUAUGGAUUUUGAAUAUUUUAAAAUCUAUUAAUGAUUUCUUCCCCUAAUUUUUUUAACAUAGGUGCACAAAAUUUGCAUAUAAAGUCUUUUUUUUUUAUGUGAAGAAAAAGUCAUUAAUGAUCAUCAAUCAAAAAGUUGUUUUGAAAUUUUACUAAUGCAAAAUAAGAAACAUAAUUUGAGUUUAAAGCCAAAAAAUUACCUAAUUAUUAAUUAUUAUCUGAUUAUAAAAAAUUUGCUUACUAUAACCAAAUUAUUUUAUUGCUAGACAAUUUUGAGUGAUAAUUGUCUUUGGUUAAUAUUUGGUCUAGAAUUGUCUCAUUAUGAUUCGUAAUAAUUAUAAGGCAAAAUUAGGAAAAUUUGCCACGUCAUCAUCCUGAUUCACCCGUCUAAGCCACAGUGGGUUUUCCUGGUCUGUUUAUUCAUGAUGUUAUUUAUUCUUUCUUGUCUAUUGAAGUUUUCUAGUUUUGUUUCUCUCCUUUAUUUUCCAUUUUUUUGUUAGCAACUUAACGUUUUGUAUUUCAAAUCACUUUUGUUUCUUCUCAUUCACGUCUGGCUAGUCUUGAAAAUAUGUGCCUAUUUACGAGCCCUUGUAACAUGUUGACUAUUUUUUCCAAUCUGUAUAUUGUUGUAGUUAAUGUCAUUUCAUUUUAAGCAUUUCUCAAAAUAGGGUCAAGAUUUCCAAAGACAAGUGCAAAAUAAAGUCAUUUUCAAAACUUUAUAAAUAUUAAUAAUAAUUCCAUACAUAUUUUUAAAAAAAUUAUAAAAAUACACAUAAGGUGAAUUUGCGACAAAAAGCGAUUGGCUGACAAUUUUUUAAUCACCACUUGUUAUAUUUAGUAGCUCUAUGGCCAAAGGCAACUAUUAAUUUUGCCAUAUACUAAUAACUAAUUAGAUCAUUAUACAUUAAUAAUGGUUAGUACAUUAAGUAUAAUUGUCUAAUUAUUGAAUGAUUUGUUUUGAAGCCAGAAAACAGAAGUAAUGUUUUGUAAGAAAAUGAGCAAAACAAAAUUUUAAAAAUCAAUUUUCUUCAUAAAUUAAUGGUCACAUCUAUGACAUUAAAAUUUUUUUUUAACAGUGGAUUCAAAUUUAUUUUUUAACAGUGGAUGAAAAGUGCACAAUUUUUAAAUAUGGAAAUUUUGAUGUUACAUAGAGCUGUUCCUUUAGGUAAUUAAAGAAUUUUUUUAGUCCCUGAUGUUGCUUAUAACCCCUGAAUUAAGUAAUAUUGCAUCCGAAUGAAUUCAAUAAGUUGGGGUCCUAUUCUAGUUAUAAAAAAAUGUAUGAUAAAUUAUAUCCUUGGCACAAAAUAUUAUAAUUAUUUCUUCAAUAUUAUUUUCGUAAUUUCAAACAUUUACUUUUUUAUGAUUUAGUUGAUUCUUAAUUUUUAUUACAUUAAAUCCUUAUUAGUUGUAUAUAUUUUUUAUUUUAUUCUAUUUAUAUUAUACUACUUAAAUUAAGAGUGUUUGAUUUUGGACUCAGUGACACUGUCUCUGUCCCUGAACCUAAUUUUUGUCUACUUCCAAGCAAAAGUUGAGCGCCUCUAGCUCAUUUUAGUUGCAAAUUUUAUUUUAAGUAGCUCAAAUCAAUUUCAACUGGACUUGUAUGUUUGUAAAUUAUGUCGUUUUAUCCCCUUACCUACUUUUUUCCUCUAUGAGCAUUCCUUAAAAUACUAAUGUUCCUAAUAUAAGCCUGAUUCCUUAUUAUAAUCUAUCAACAACAAACUUUUUUUAAACUGUCCCACUGUUUUGAAAAUGUGAUAAUUUGGGAGAAUGUUUUAUCCAUGUGCACUAUUUCUCUUUCUAAUAGCAUGGAAAAACUUGAUUUGCUGUGUAAAAGGAAGAAUGUAGGUUGAAAUUCAAAUUUCUAGUAAGACCAUCAAUAUGGUUAAAACAUGAAAUAGGUAAUGCAUUGUUACAUUGUUCAAACUGAGUAGUAAACACAAAGGACAAAGUUGAAAAAUAAAAGCAAGAAGUACGGUAAUUUAUAGACAAAACUAUGCUAGUAUACAAAAUAAGUUAUAGGCAAAACUGCAAUAUUUAGAAUAAUUAUUUAAUUUACUUUUUUAUAUUCUAAGUUCAUUUUUGUACAUUUGUUUUUUUCAUAAGACUAUAGGUUUUGAAAAUAUUACAUCUCAUUUUCCAUUCAUUUCCAUUAUAUUUAAGCCUACAUAUAUUAUCCAAUAAAAAAUAUUACUUGUUGACUGCAGUGUUACUAUUUUCUUGUGAAAUAAUAUAUCUUAUAUUUUCCUUGUAAACAAAUUCUCUUAUUACUCUUAUUUGCUGUUAAUUUUCUCUGAACAAUAACUGUAAGUUUCUAAUCAUUUUUGUAAUGUAGCAUUAUUACCAUCAUGGGUUUAAUGUUUUACUAUUGAAAUUGUAUCCAAAGUUUUCUAAUGUUUAUUUGCCUCUGCUAUAAUUUUUUUUCUUCGCUUUUUAGCAUUUUUUUUGUUCUAAUUUAUCUUUAAUAUUAAAUUUAUUGUUAUCAGCUAUUCUUUUACCUUUUGAUCCAGAAGCUCUUAUCAACCUGAUUGUUUUAUUGCAUGACCAAAUGAUUCAUCCAUAUGUUAUUUGUUGAAAGUUCUUUAUGUUAGUUUCAAGAUAAUUUGUUACACACUUAUGUGCUACUUAAAAUAAUUCCUUUUAAACUAAUUAGGAUUACGGAGCAUUUUAAUGAAUACUUUUUACUUUUAAAGCCCAGAAUGUAUUCUUAGAUAUGUGUUGUAAUUAAGAGAGAAUGUAUGCCUGAUAUAUUUCCAGAACAAUGAAUUAUUUGGUAGUUAUUUUCUGUUUAAGUCAACUAAGCACUCUUUAAAGUUUUUUAACCAGUCGAAAUUAAAUGGAUACUCUAAGUAAGUAGAUAAAAAAAUUAUUGUAGCUGAUAAAAAAAUAACUUUUAGGGUUAACAAUUUCUUCCUAAUUUCUUAACAUUUUUCAGUUACAUUUCAUGAUUUACAUAUUUUAAAAUUUGCUCCCAAAACAUAUUCUAGCUAAAUAACAUGGUUUUCUUUUUUAUUACAUUUUUAUUUGCUUUUAAAUGAUAUUAUUUUUUUUUCUGAUGGCAUCAUUACUCUUAAAUCAGAGCUUAUUUAAAAGAUAAUAUAUUGGUUUUUCAUAUUAAAAUUAGUCUUAACGUAUGUAAAUUAUACCUUUUUUAACUUGCAAAAUUAAUAGUCAUUGAUUUUUACUUUUUAUGCUGUACUAUUUUUGUCAAUAAGCUAAAUAUUAAUUAAAAGUAUGUGAAUCAUAAGUUUUUUAUUUAAAUAAACUUAAAAUACUGGAGCAAAAAAUAAUUUAAAUAUAAAUGCAAAGUUUGAGCUCGUCGUGGACCUGAAAAAAAUUUCUAGGCCCCCAUCUGGAAAAAGUUGUGUCACCCUAUGUUAAAAUGUUAUUUACAAUCAUUGAUUCCUUUUGCAUACUGAAUUUUAACAAUAAAUUUUUAUUUCAUGUUGCAGUUCUAUAUUAAUUGAAAAUAGAAUAGAAAAGGGACAUUUACCUAUGUUCCUUGUAAUUAUACAUAUUUUACUUAUAAUUCUUCUUGUUUAGUUUUUCUAGCAAAUGUUCCUAACUCAUUAAUUUCUUUGACUUAGCUACUUUUCCUUAACUUUGCCCUAGACAUCCAACAUACUGUGAUUACUGUAGAUUUACUAUAGUGAUACAUCAAAGUCAAGUAUUUAACAUAUUUUGCUCUGUAUAAAAAUAGAAUUUCUAUCUAAUAUAAUAAAAUGUAAAUAAAAUAUUUUAAUGGGAAAGUAUUUUUGAAGUGAAAAAAUGUGUAAGAAAUAUUAUAGUAUGUCAAUUCUAUCUAUGCAUUAAA